CAUAAUCAGGCACAUUGUGUAGGCCACUGUAGGAGGAGGAAUAUAUAAAGCGCGUUAAGCAGCAGGCCUUGUUUCAGUUUGGUACUAGCUGCUCAGACUGUGACAGUACAGUUUGGGUUACCGGUAAUAGUAUAAAAGCCCAACUCUAGUACAUAUCUCAGCGGCAAUACAGCCUGAAAGUACAUCAAGAACAACAGAGAAAGAUGCGGUCAGGCAAGGAGAGAUUCAAGUUAGCGGUGCUGGGUGUCACGGCGGUCCAGCGGUUCCAGAAGUCCAUCCACACGCGGAAGCCGCGCAGCCUGCCGUCCAGUCCGCACUGGCGAAGUCUUAAGCAGGAGAACCGGUUUGAGACGGCUCUACUGAGAAAACGCAGCAUGGAGGAUGGACUGUACUGUGCCGAACAUGCUGACCAUGAGGAGAGGAGCGGACCCAUGCCACUGGACGCUACGACAAAAGACCUGAUUGCGAUGCUGGAAAAGGUCCAGAGUGAUCGGCUGGAUGAGCAGCGCUGCACCCUGCCAGAGGCAUGCAGACCUCGAGACAACCGGGACUCUCCCAGCCCAAGUUGCAGACCAUCCUACAGACUUCUUCAACAGGUGAUCAAAGGGGAGGGCCCGUACCCCAUGAUUGUUGCCCCAGCUAACGGCAGAUACUGGGUGGAUGGGAAUGAUCCAGACACUCUGACAGACAGCCAGGGGCGGCCCAUCCUCCCCUCCUGUCCCGCCAAGUACAAGCUCGAGUCUGACGACACGGCAAAGUGCUACAGAAGACACUUCCUGGGCAAGGAACACAUGAACUUCUUUGCCUGGGAUGAGAACCUGGGACAUCUGGUUCUGUCUGUCAAGCCUGAGACCAUCUCCUCACAGGAGCACUUGAGACUCAUCCUCAGACGACACACCGGCACCAUCCAUGAGAUUGUACCGUCCUCAUGUUUGGCAGAGUUCCCAGGUCCUGCCAGGAUGGCCAAACUGGUGUGUGAGGAUGUGUCAGUGGAGAGAUUCCACCCUGUCCUCUUUCCUAAGGGUUCAGAGCUACUAGUGACCUAUGACGAGCAUGUCCUGACCAACCAGUACAAGUUUGGGGUGGUGUACCAAAAGUUUGGACAGGUGAAGGAGGAGGACAUGUUCUGUAACAGGCAGGAGAGCCCGGCACUGCAGGAGUUUCUGAGCCUGCUGGGGGAGCAGGUGGACCUGCAGGACUUCCAGGGGUAUCGCGGGGGGCUCGACACGCAGCAUGGACAGACGGGCAAGACUUCGGUCUACACAAAGUUUAAGGACAGGGAGGUGAUGUUCCACGUGUCCACAAAGCUACCGUACACGGAGGGUGACAGCCAGCAGCUGCAGAGGAAGAGACACAUCGGGAACGACAUCGUCUGUAUCAUCUUCCAGGAGGAGAACACGCCCUUCACUCCAGACAUGAUCGCGUCGCACUUUCUCCACGCUUUCAUCGUGGUCCAGCCUCUCAACGCCUGCUCGGAGAACACGCAUUACAAGGUCUCUGUGGCAGCUCGUGACGAUGUGCCAUUCUUCGGUCCGACCCUGCCGAAUCCCGCUGUCUACAGAAAAGGGCCGGCCUUCCGCGAGUUUCUCCUCAGCAAACUCAUCAAUGCAGAGAUUGCUUCCUACAAGGCCGAGAGAUUCGCCAAACUCGAGGAGAGAACGAGAUCGGCGCUCCUGGAGUCGCUGUACUCGGAACUAAACGCCAAGAACCUGCAGAUGAGCGGUCGCAUGGACGCGCCGUCGCCCGACGUCAAGAGCGAAAGCGGCAGCUUCUUCGACACCUUCCGGAAGGUUAUCCGAGGUCGCAGCCAGUCCUGGGACAUCGCCGCCAUUCAGAACAGCAGACGAGAGAAGGACACUCUACCGCACAGCUACAGCGAGGGGAAGACUGCAGGAAUUUCGUCCAUCCUGGGUAGAAAAGGCUCCAGUAAGCGGACAGGACAGAAGAAGUACAGCAGAAGAGCGACUACAGAGGCAGACAAGAAGCAGCCCAUCCUCCCGCCCCUCAAGAACCGCAACGACUCGGGCGUCGUGUCAUCCAACGCCGGGUCUAACUGGUCAUCUCCGCGGAGCUCGCCUGAUGUGUCGCCUGUCAAGUCAGGAAGUGUCAUGCCGCCCAGUGCAGAGGAGGGUUCCUCGUCUUCCCUGUCCAACUCCUGCAGCAGCAUCGUGAGCCUCGGCGACCUGAACGAGGAGAGAGAGGACUCCGACACCGGCAUGGAGAGCAUGUCGUCUGGAGACUCCCCCAACAGCGUCAAACAGGAGAACUUCACCUGCAGUAACUGUAUGGAGGAGGGCGGAGCAGCAGCUAGUAAUGAACUGCAGAGACAAGUGGCCCUGCUGAACUCCGAGAUCAACAGAUUGAAGAUUGAGAAGCUGGAGCUGCUUCGACAAAACGUCACGAUUCAGCGCGAAGUGAAGAAGUUGAAAGAGAAGGAGAUGAGACAAGGUGCCGAGCUUUCGUCCGCAAACCGGGAACUUCGGCGACUCAGAAACCUCUCGCUGGAACAGUCCCACCGACAGAACUCGGGAAGCGACAAUUUUGUCUGAUUCAAAUCCAACAGUCUCGUGUAAAUAACAUCUGAUACAGUUGUAGAUAUAUUGUUUGAGAAUUGUCAUGGUUCUUGUAUGCUGGUUAUACAAAAGAAUUUGCAGUGCAGAUAAUAUUAAUGACAGAAUUAUUGUUUAGUGUGACGUAUUGUACUGAAGUGUGGGAGCACAUGCUACAGUUGGUGUUUAUGUAUUCAUAAUUCAAUGUAUACAGUGGAUACAGACUCACAUGUACUGCAGUGCUAGUGCUAUGGUUUAUAAGUUGACAUAUGCCAAAACAGGUUAGAGGCCUUCAUUUUAGACAUCUACACAAUGCACAGUUGGAACAAUGAUCUUGCUUAUUGCUGUAACAUUGCCUUUAAAUGCUUUUGUAUGUAAAAUGCCAGAGAUGAUGAUAAAAUUGCGACUGUUUUGAGUCCAAGUAUGUCAGGCCAAUACAGCAUACUUUGUCAGGAGUUUGCCCCAAUCUUGUAACUUUCAUUACAAGACAUUCUGCAGCUUAGCAGUGAAAGUACAUAUACACCUUAAGUUACAGUUCUAAUGUUUAUUUUUCAAAAAUUAAUGUAAAUUCAAAGUUUUGUUAACAGCACGCACUAGUGUGUCAAUGCAUGAAUACUGAAUUUGUGGAAAAAUCAGAGAAAAGUGUUCAGCUUCUCUACUAACGUUACAUGUAGCUGUCUUAGUGUGAAUAUGAUGUUUUGACAUUUCCACUUCCUUGUGCCAUAGAAAACCUAUUUAAUCUGAAACUGCCUCAGACCAUUAUAAUAUUGAGAGGCUGGAGCCAUGUGUAUAUAUGUCAUGUAAAUUUUGUAACAUUUGUUGGUGGACUUCUCUACAUGUAUGUGCUCAAAGGGGUACACUUUGGGCAGAAGAGCUGGACAUUUUUGGUAGCACAGAGAUUGAUACGAUUAUAUUAAUCAAGAUACCCGUUUGCUUCCUACGAUUUAACGCACUAUUUGUGGAUAAUACAGAUAGUACCAGAUAAUCAGAGUUGUGAUAAUAUGUGUAUAAGGCUUCAUGUGUAUAAAGAUACAAGUACAGUGUAUGUACAUGUAUGUAAGCCUUUGUGCCAACUGUGAGGGUCCGACAAAAGUUGCUGCAGAGGAAAAUCACUGUUUGCUAUUGCACAGUGUUUGAUCUAGUAUGAUUACGGAUCACCAGACAGGAGUAUUUAUUGCAUUUACAGAAAUGUUUUAAACUGUUGUUAUUGUCCAAGAUGUUAUGCGGGAAGUUCACACACAUACUGUAGAGGCCAGUGUUAAAAUAAUUCUUGCUGAGUGUAUAGUCAACCCAAGGUUGGACUUGUGUAUUUUAGAUGACAUUGUAUGAUUUUAUCUCUUCUGAAGGGACAGUUGUUGCAAACUUUUAAAGAAAAUUUAGGUCAUGAUUACAGAUACAAAUCCCAUGUUUCCCCUUUGUUAUAAAGAUGUUUGCCAUUUUGUUGGAAUUAUGCAGUCAUCAAAUGCCAUCUAGCAGUUUGGAUGAGUACUGCAGCUGUGUAGUCUCCAGUUUUGUAGACUGCUGAAAAAGUUGAUGAUUUCUUUUAGAUUCCUCCCAAAUGUGAGCAAUUUUUUAUUAUGAGUGCAUGUAGCUUGUUUUGCUUAAUAGUAUCAAUUGUCAUUUACAUGUAGAUGUUCGGUAGUUUAUACUUAAUGCUUUGAACAUGCCUGUAGAGGUUUAGCUCUCUUUGCUGAACAACAUUUUGUAAUGAGACCAACGAAACAUUUUUAAACUGUGUGUAUAAUUUUAUCUUGGGUACACGUUGUUGACUUGUACUGUGAAUUUCUAACAUUUUAAUAGUCCAAUGUCUCUGGUUUUUACUUAAGAUUGCGAAGUGGGCAGACUUGUCCAGUGUUGUCUGUUUGUAUUGAUAAUGUUUAAUAGAAUAAACAGUUUUAAUAAGUA